GAACUUUGAAAACUUGUAUUAUGCAAUACUGAUAUCUCUCUCUCUAUAUAUCUGUAUAUGAAUAGAAUGAAAACUGCUAUUAGUAUCCAAACGGCCGAACGAACGGUUGAUGAAACCCCACAGUAUGCAGAGAUAAUAGAAGAAGAUAUGACACUGACCCUACCGCAAGGUAAGAAUACCCAGAUUAUUACAGAACCCGAAAUACUAGUUGCUGAAAACAGUAACACAACUGGACUGUUUGAGGAACACUCUUCAUCAUCAUCUAACACUGAAAAUAAUGCUUCAGAAGAUUUAAAUGAUGGUUAUGAAAAACCAUACUCGACAUUGGUUUCAAAUAAUGGACAUGAAAUCGAACAUGUUUAUCACAAGACCAAACAAAACUGUACCUAUGAAAAUGUAUCUACCUUUGAAAAUGUAUCUUUUGGGCUUUCCGUUGAGUUACAAGAGUUUUCAUUGGAUAAAACAACAACACUGGUUUAUUCGAAUGAAAGUGUAAAUAUGAACGAUGGUGAAAACUACUCGAAGGACACAGACCAUUAUUUUCAACGGUUAAACGUUUCUAAACAAACGGAAACCAAAGAAUAUAUAAACUUGUUACUUAAACAAUAA